AAAAAAAAAAUCAUAUUAGCAGUUGUUUGACUCGCUUCAGUAUUUUUGUAAUCUUUAUCACUUUAACACAGUAUCAGGCCAUGAGCUCCAAUAGUCCGACCAGACAGCUGGCAGACGGACUGACUGCACCUCCACUGCUGAUGAUGCCUGUAUUGAGCCGAGAGGUGCAGAUGCGGUCUGUGUGUGUCCUCCGUCUGGAGUAAAAGCCUCUCUGAACUAAAACCAGAGGAAGGAGCUCGGAGCCAUGGAUAAAGCAGAAAGGUGUGCCUGCGGUGCUCAGGAGUGAGGAGGAGAGCAGCUGAGGAGGAGGAGGAGAUGGGCUGCACCUCUGCCAAGCAGGUGUCUGCCGUGCCCAACGGUGAGGAGAGCCAGAGUAAAGCCUACAGCAACGGGGACCUCCUGUCCGAUGAGUACAAGAUGAAAGGAGUGGAGAAAGUCAAGUUCAUCAGUGGAGAAGAGGGAGGAGUGGACGGCCAGGACAGCACAGAGAAAAGUGCUCUCCUUGGUAAAGGUGAACACAUGGAUGAAACAGGAUCAAACGGAAAUGAAAAGAUACUAAGCAUCCACUCCUCAGAGAGCCAGCAAGAAUUCUUCAGGAUGUUGGAUGAGAAAAUUGAGAAGGGCCGAGACUACUGCUCAGAGGAGGAGGAGGACAUGACAUAGCACUGUUGUCGUGUAUCCAUCGGCCCCAAAAUGAGAGGAACUGUCAUUCCAGUGUUACGGAUGGACCGUACCAUGUGAUGCCAUGUCCAGGGGGACUCCGUCUUGUUCUCACUGUCCCUUGUACACACCUGAGAAGAAUGGAUUACCGACUUGAAUCAAGCACCUUUUUUGCCCUCCUGCUCACAACCUGCUCGUCUGAUUAACCCCCGAGAAAGACUGAAACCAAAAUCAAAGGUGGUUCAGUAUGUUUUAAGUUUUCAAAGCUCUCCAAAGAGAGGGAGAACGUUGAGGUUUACUUUUCUUGAUGAAGCCAUUGAAAUGUUGGGAUCGUAAGGAACACUUGCUUUUCUCUCCCUGCUUGGAUAACUCCUCAAAGGUCAAUAUAAAUGGAUGUCACCGAGAUCUCCUGUAGACAUUUGAAACACAGACCGUUUCCGACUGCGGAAAUGACCAGCGCUGUUGUGGACACUGAGUCAAAGUGAAAAUAAUGUCUGCGUCUGCAUCAUUUUGAAUAUUUCAUCCUUGAAUGCCUCCCUGAAAAGUCAACAGGUUGGAAACUUCCUUAAUUCCAAGACACAGUAUGAACCUCUUUUCUACAGCACGUCGGCCAGUGCAGUGUGUUCGUCCGUCCAUGUCUGUUUCUGUUAUGACGUAGAGUAUUUAUGUUGAAUAAGGCUCAGGGUUGAAGUGUUGUAAUCUUUGUCCCAUGCAGUCAAGUCCUUCCACUCAUUAAGACACUGCUGCACCAUUAAAAAGACACACAUGCACUCACACAGCAGGGUUACUGGUGUGCCCUGCUUCGGUAUCUGCUCCAUGUUAACCCCGCAGGGUGGACACUGCUACAUCACAUAUUAGUCUGAUUAUGUAUUUCGCUCACCAGUGUUAUGUCGUUGUGUUCAGUUUCUAUGUCGAAAUUUUUGUUUUUCUAGAAAAAUAAAAAGUGUUUUCAGUAACUUCUCCACA